AUUCAAUGUUAUACAGUAUGUUCUUGUCGAUGUUCAUGCAGAGUAGCUUCUCAAGAACCAACUAAAUGACCAAAAGAAAAUCAGUUGAAUGCAUCUCACUCAAACGCCACCGUUUCAGUCUCAAUCUGAAAUGAACGACACCGUUUCAGUCUCAAUCUGAAAUAUGUAAGAAUCUCAAAGUAAUUUGAUCUAUGCUUGAUAUUGGACCACUAAAAAGACGACGCAGCAGCAUCAGAGUUUACGACAAUGGAGUCUAAUCUGUGUGCAUCAUUAGGUCUUCCAGCACCAGAUCCACAUUCUAUUGUACAAACUGACUUUACCAAUCUCUUCAAUCACUUUAACAACGCUCAAAACCCCCGCAAAAGAACCAUCAUCAAAACCCUUCCAUUUGCUUCAAAUUCUCUAUCUGAAUCCGCACCCAAAUGGAUCAAACCCGCUUCCAGAAACACCCCAAAGGUUCAAACCCUAAUGAAAAACCUCUCCGUUUUCGAGAGAGCACUCAUCGGCGCCGGAGGCGGUGCCAUAGCCGGCGCAUUUACGUACGUCUGUUUACACCCGCUUGACACUAUCAAGACAAAGAUGCAGACAAAAGGGGCUUCUCAGAUUUACAGCAGUACAGUCGAUGCCAUUGUUAAAACAUUUCAACAAAAGGGUAUUUUAGGGUUUUACAGUGGCGUAUCAGCUGUGAUCGUUGGUUCCACGGCUUCUUCAGCUUUGUAUUUUGGUACUUGUGAAUUUGGGAAGUCUAUUUUAUCCAAAUUUGAAAACUACCCGUCUUUGCUUAUUCCUCCUACUGCUGGUGCCAUGGGUAACAUUGUGUCAUCAGCUAUUAUGGUGCCUAAAGAAUUGAUCACUCAAAGAAUGCAGGCUGGCGCUCAAGGAAGAUCAUGGCAAGUUUUGCUGAAAAUCUUGGAAAAAGAUGGUGUUUUGGGUCUUUAUGCUGGUUAUUCUGCUACUUUGUUGAGAAAUUUACCUGCUGGUGUGCUCAGUUAUUCUUCAUUUGAGUAUCUGAAAGCUGCUGUUAUGGCCAAGACUGAUAAGAAUUAUUUGCAGCCAAUUGAGAGUAUGUGUUGUGGUGCGUUGGCCGGGGCGAUUUCGGCUUCUAUAACUACGCCACUUGAUGUGGUUAAAACUAGAUUGAUGACACAGGUGAAUAAGGAGGUUUUGGAUAAGGUAUCAGCUGCGAUGUAUACUGGGGUUUCGUCAACUGUGAAGCAGAUUUUGAAGGAGGAGGGUUGGGUUGGGUUUACUAGAGGAAUGGGACCUAGAGUGAUUCAUAGUGCUUGUUUUUCUGCAUUGGGUUACUUUGCUUUUGAGACUGCUAGGCUUACUCUUUUGCAUCAGUAUUUGAAGCAGAAGGAGUUGCGCGAAUUGGAAGUUGCUUCUUCUUGAUUCUUGACUUCUAAUGGAGGAUCGGGCGCCUAAUCAUUUUUAUCCUUUAUUAUCUGGCUUUUUUUUUUUUAAUGAGUUACUGGUAAUUUUUGUUAAUUUGUAUACAUUCUAGAGAAAUAAACUCCCAAGUUGUUGUGUUAGAAGUUUAUUAUUUGUAUGAAAUAAUUAAUUUGUUGAACAAAAAUGACACUUCUUUCUUAGGUUGUGAAA